CCUGAGCGCCGGCACGCCGGCGGCCGCCGGCCCCGCUCCGCCGCUCGCCGAGCCCACCGGAGCCGCCACGGGACCAUGGAGGUCGUGGAGGCCAGCACCCUUCAGCAGGAGAGGCUGCAGGCCAUCGCGGAGAAGCGGAAGCGUCAGACGGAGAUCGAGAACAAAAAGCGGCAGCUGGAGGAUGACCGGAGGCAGCUGCAGCAUCUCAAGUCCAAGGCUCUGCGGGAGAGAUGGCUCCUGGAGGGAGCCCCGGCUUCUGCCUCCGAGGAGGAAGAGGCCAUGAAGAAACAGAUGCAGGAGGAUGAGGUGAAGACCAAGGAGCUGGAGGAAACCAUCCAGAGGCUGGAGAAGGAGCUGGAGAUGCUGGAGAACAGCAGCUCAGUGGCCUCGACCAAGGAGAACCUGGCAGAGGCAGCAGCCAAGGAGGAGAAGAAGGCUGAGGCUGUCCCCAACACGCAGAAGAGUCCCCUGGGCACAGUUAAGGCUGACAAGAGGCUCUCCAGCAGCCCCAUGAAGGCAGUGGAAGGCAGUGAGAUGAUGAAGGCGGCCAUGUACUCGGUGGAGAUCACCGUGGAGAAGGACAGAGUGACCGGGGAGACCAAGGUCCUGUCCAGCACCACCAUGCUGCCCCAGAACCACUGCGUGCAGGGCGUCAAGGUGUACGAGGACGAGCUGAAAGUGGUGCACGCCGUGAGCGCCGAGGACGGGGCCCUGCAGAACGGGGCUCACCCCCUGAGCUCCUCCGAGGUGGACGAGCUCCUGCACAAGGCGGACGAGGCCGAAGGGCGCCAGAGCCCGGCCAAGGGCGGCGCGGGCAGCCAGAAGGCCACGCCACGACGGGAGAUCACGGGGCUGCAGGCCAAGGUGGCACCGGGCGAGGGGACAGAGGGCGGCCAGGAGCAGCAGCAGCCCGUCACCAUGAUCUUCAUGGGCUACCAGAACGUGGAGGAUGAGAACGAGACCAAGAAGGUGCUGGGGCUGGAGGGCACCAUCAAGGCCGAGCUGGUGGUGAUCGAGGAUGCCGAGGGCAAGGCCGAGCCGGCUCUCAAGGACCACACGCCGCCCAACGGCACCGCCCUGGAGCCGGCGCUGCCCCAGGGCGAGGAGGGCUCGGCGGGGCACGGUGCCAACGCCACGGAUGCCAAGGAGGCCGAGCAGGAGACAGACGCGAAGAAGCAGCGCUGCAAGUGCUGCACGGUGAUGUGAGCCCCGCGCCGAGCCCCCCGUUCCCCCGUCCCACCGGACACCGGCCCCUCUCUCUGCACAGCCGGGGACAUCCAGCGCGGUGCCAACGGCGGGGAUGCCCGGUGCCAGCCCCGUGCCGCCCCCACCAGCGCUGCCCGUGGUGUUUAUUAGUGCCCCCCUCGCCCCGUGCCCAGCACAGCCCCGCUGCCACCGACACCGCCCCGGAGCCGCCGGGGGAUGGAGCCGCCGGGCAGGGGAUCGGAGGACGUCGCUGUGUCCGUGGAUGAGUCCCCGGGAGCUGCCAGCCCGCGGUGGGCAUGGGAGCCAGCCCCGUGCCAGCCCCGUGCCAGCCCCGUGCCAGCCUCUCCCUCUGUGCCUCCAUCACCCAGCUCAGCAGGGCGAGGUUUUUCUCUGCUGGCCGCUGGCUGCCCCUGGGCAUCUCUGCUCCAUCUCCUCAUCCCUGCGCUCUCCAGGCCCUCCAGGGCAGGGUGUGCCCAGGGCAGCGUCCAUCCCUGCCUGGCAUUGGGCUGUGCUGAUGGCCAGAACCACCUGGGGCACCUGCAGGGCCUGCUCUGCACCCCCUGGGCUCAGCUCCACAUCUUGGAGCCCUCACUGUGCCAGCUGAGGGGGCUGAACUGUGCCCGUGUCCCACCAAAGGCAAUGCCAGUGAGGGAAGGGCAUGGGGGGCAUCAUCCAUCCCUGGCUGGCACUGGGCUGUGCUGAUGGCCAGAGUCACCUGCAGGGCCAGCCCAGGCUGUCCCCAGGCUGUUCCUGAGCUCAGCUCCGUGUCCUGGAGCCCUCACUGUGCCAGCUGAGGGGGCUGAACUGUGCUCGUGUCCCACCAAAGGCAAUGCCAGGGAGGGAAGGGCACGGAGGGCAUCAUCCAUCCCUGGCUGGCACUGGGCUGUGCUGAUGGCCUGGGGCUCCUGCAGGGCCAGUCCAGGCUGUCCCCUGCUCCUCCUGGCACGUCCUGGAGCCCUCCCUGUGCCAGCUGAGGGGGCUGAACUGUGCCCGUGCCCUGCCAAGGGCAGUGCCAGUGAGGGAGGGGCAGCUUGGGGGGCUCAGCCCUGUGGGGCAGAAUGGGCUGGGGGUCCUGUGGUUCCUCUGGCAGCGGCAGCGUGACCCAGCCUCCUGUUCCCUUCUUGUCUCUGCCGCGCUCUGGGCUCCUGGGCUGCAGCUUUGGGGUCCCCAGGGUGGGGGGGCAGCCCAGUUCACCCCAAAUUGGGGCGCUGGGAGCUGCCAGGGGUGUGUGGUGUCCCACAGAGGGGCUGCCCCACCCUGCACCCCGGCCCUUCAGUGGGGAUUCCACCACCAGCACCAGCGUUUCCUCCCCACUGACACCAGCUGGGGCAGGCAGGGGGAGCCCCCCAUGGUCCCCAGUGCCCACAUCAGCUGCCCCCGAGCUCUCCAGGAGCUUUGGGCAGGGUGAAGGAUCCUUCUUUAAACGUGAGAAGGUUCUUUCUGCCCUGGGGGUCCCCCAAAAUGUGUGUGGGGCAGAAUCCAAGCUGCCCAGCCCACCAGGACACCGCUGGUCAAACAGCCAAGGAUGGGGCUCAGCUCCCCCAAGGAUGGGCCUUUCCUUCCCCCACACUCCCCCUGUGUGAGCAGUGCCACCCCGUGUCCCCGUGCCACCCCUGGUGCCCGCCAGGUGCCCCCCAGGCUGCGGUUUUGUCCCCAUUGGAGUCACUGUGCUGAGCCCCAUGGGAGAGGCAGGGCUGGGUUAGGGGGGUUUGGAGGGCACUGCCAGGGCAAGGGGGGUUUGGGGGGCACUGCCAGGGCAAGGGGAGCCUCUCGUGCCCCUCCAUGCCCUGCUGGGCAUCGCUGCAGCCCCAUUGCUGCAGAGCAGGGCACGGCCUGGGGGCAAUGUCACCCCACAUCACCGCCCACCCCACCCCAUCCAUCCCACCCUGCAAACCCCCCCAGCCCCAAACUGGGGCUCCCUCCCCUCCCUGGCACCCCCCGCCCCUCAUUUGGCCCUGGGGGUGCUGGGGGGGCAGGAUGAGACCCCCGGGGGGGGUGUGGGGUGUGACAGGAGCGGGUGCUGGGCCUGGCAUCGUCCCCACCCCGCCCCACGCCCCCCUGUCCCCUCGCAGCUCUGCUGAAGUGCACUUCCCGUGCCCCUGAGCUUUUCACUUGUGCCGAAGCCCCGUUUGAAUUUCCCCUUCCCCCAUCCCAUCCCAUCCUCCCCACAGCCCGUUGUUUGUAAAACACCCAAAAACCGAGCAAAUAAAACCGUGUGGACAACCA